AUGGCGCAGGCUCUGACGCACCAGCAGGCGCCGAUCGGGACGUUAGCAACGACGGAGGCGGCGUGGCCGGCUCCGGGGGAAACCAGUUCCCGUCCACGUCGCUUUGCUCAAACCCUUCUCGCUCAUUUAUUUUAUGGAGACAAAAAAAGUCUACCAACAAGGAGCAAGGAGAAAGGGCUGGUGAUCAUCCCUAAGGAGAACCCUACAACGGCAUUGGAGGUGCUGAACUUUAUGCCUCUUAACAAUAAGCCUAUUCGCAUUCUGGAUUCAAACCGGGACCCUAGCAUGCAUAGAAAUGGGGCAGCAAAUAUAUUUGUUAAGAAUCUAGAUAAAGCAAUAUGCAAUGGACAGCUGUUUGAUAUCUUUUCGGCAUUUGGUAGAAUUGUUUCCUGCACGAUUGCAAAAGAUGCAUCUGGACAGUCAAAAGGCUAUGGUUUUGUUCAAUUUGAACAAGAGGAGGCAGCUCAGAAUGCAAUCAAUGAGAUAAAUGGAAUGCUUUUAAAUGAUAAACCAGUUUUUGUUGGACCCUUUAUUCGCAAAAAAGAAAGACAGAACUCCUUAGACAAGACAAAGUUUUCUAAUGUCUUUGUCAAAAACCUCUCAGAGUCGACUACAAAUGAAGAUCUAGAAAAUAUCUUUGGCGAGUAUGGGAAAAUUACAAGUGCCAUUGUUAUGAGGGAGGAGGAUGGAAAAUCUAAAUGUUUUGGGUUUGUCAAUUUUGAGAAUCCAGAUGAUGCCGCUCGAGCAGUUCAAGAACUCAAUGAGCAGAAAUUUGACGAUAAGGAGUGGUAUGUUGGAAAGGCACUGAAGAAAUCCGAAAGAGAAUUAGCACUGAGAAAAAGUUAUAAUCAGAGUGCGAGGAAUACAGUGGACAGGGAUCAAGGACUCAACUUAUAUUUGAAGAACUUAGAUGAUAGCGUUGGGGAUGAUGAGCUGAAAGAACUAUUUUCUGAUUUUGGUACAAUUACUUCUUGCAAGAUUAUGCGGAACCCUGAUGGUAUAAGUAAAGGUUUUGGUUUUGUUGCUUUCUCUGCACCUGAAGAAGCAAAUCGAGCUCUUGAAGAUAUGAAGGGAAAGAUGGUUCGCGGGAAGCCACUUUAUGUUGCACCUGCGCAACGGAAAGAAGAUAGAAGAGCUAGUUUUCAGGCACACUUUUCACAAGUGAGACCUGUAGCAAUGGGCCUAGGCCCAAGUGUUGGUCCCCGAGUUCCCAUGUACCCCCCGAGUGCUCCUGGCCUUGGACAACAAAUAUUUUAUGGUCAACCACCUCCUAACCUUAUUCCACCACAGCCAGGAUUUAGAUUUCAGCCACAGAUCAUCCCUGGAGUACAACCUGCAGAAGCACCUAUGCCAAAUUUCUUACCGGCCCUUGUCCAACAAAGACGGAAGUUUCAUGUCCACAGGUACCCUCCUGGCACACCAGGUGCAGUUGGUGGUAUGCUCCAUCCUAAUGAGAUGGGAGGUUUGCCUAUGCAAGAUGUUACCAUGCCACAACCUAUUCCCAUCGCUGCAUUGCCUUCGGCCCUUGCAAAUGCUCCUCCCAAGCAACAAAGGCUGAUGCUCGGUGAUAGUCUGUACCCACUUGUUAAGCAACUUGAACCCUUUGAUACAGCCAAAGUUACAGGAAUGCUGCUCGAGAUGGACCAAACCGAAGUCCUGCAUCUGCUGGAAUCUCCAGAUGCUCUGAGAGCAAAAGUUGCAGAAGCGAUGGAAAUUCUGAGGAGUGUCGCACAGCAGCAGCAGGUUAACGCACCGGCUGAUUAGUCGGCAUACUGAACGAUAGCCUCAUUCAUUGAGCUGACGGACUUAGUUUUAGAUUUUCCUCGAGGCAGGAACUAGUAGUAGCUUACAGUGGAGCUCGGUUUUGCUUUUUCUUUGCUAAGAACAUGUUUCGUGGGAUUUGGGUUUUUAGACUAGUCUUUGCUUGUGGAUUGACUUGUUUGCGUUGGUAGAAUACUGGAUCAGUAGUUCAUAGUUCAUUCCAUUUUCCUGUUGCUUUC